CUUCAACAACUACUUCAUCUAUGGACAGAAAGCAGAGCACUGUAACACUUCCUACAGAAGUUAAAACUUCGUUAUUGAUACUAGCGGAUGCAAAGGCUGUGCUCUAUUGCCCUCCUGUGCUGUGGACAAAUGUGCUGGCAGUAACAUGGGAAAUAGUCCUCAGAGACAAGCUGCCCUGCUUCAGAGCCUACAGACGUGAUACAAAUCAGACCAUAGAAGAAAACUGUACUGACAAGAGAAUAACCUGGGCCUCCAGAUCUGAUGAGAAUCCUGCCGUUCAGGUUGAUCCAGUGGCCAUCACUCACGAUGGGAAUUACACGUGUCAAAUAAUAACAAAUGAUGGGAAUUUCCAUCAUGGCUACCACUUCCAAGUGUUAGUGCCCCCUGAAGUGACCCUUGAUCAAACUGAGAAUGGAACUGCAGUGUGCAAGGCAGCUGCAAGGAAGCCGGCUGCACAGAUCUCCUGGACCCCAGAGAGUGAUUGUGUCACUGAGCAAGAGCCUUACUGGGGUGAUGGCACAGUGACUGUCCAGAGUACAUGCCGCUGGGGGGACCAUGUGAUUGCUGUGCCCUGCUCUGUCUCCCACUUGACUGGCAGCAAAAGUCUGUCCAUAGAGCUGGAUAAAGGUAAGUGCCUGUUUCUUUCAUGAACUUGAUGCUCAGUCUUUUUCUUUAUAGAUG